AUGGCACAAACGAUCGCAGUUCCAGGUCAACUUCUCGGGCCCGCAAACAAGUACAUAGCUGGCGCCGGCACCCACAUUCAGGACUCAAAUCUGUAUGCGUCGCUCCUAGGCACAGUCGCCAUUGAGGAGCCCGAGAAGGCGCCCGGCCCCGCCAAACGCCUGACCAAGAUCGAGGCCCUUCAGACUCCUGCUACCCUUCCCACGAUAUCAGUCUCGCGCUCCGGCAUCUCUGAGAAACGUGAGGUGCUGCCCGAAGUUGGGAACAUUGUGCUGUGCCGUGUGACACGGAUACAGCCCCGUCAAGCGACUGUCGCAAUUCUGGUCGUGGGCGAGACUGUGCUCGAGGCCGAGUGGCAAGGCGUCAUUCGCUCGCAGGAUGUCAGGGCUACAGAGAAGGACAAGGUCAAGAUAUACGAGAGCUUCAGACCGGGUGAUAUCGUAAGAGCGCAGGUGAUUUCUUUGGGUGACCAAGCCAACUAUUAUCUUUCAACUGCGAGCAACGAGCUCGGCGUCAUCAUGGCCACGAGCGAAGCGGGUAACUCCAUGUUCCCAGUCAGCUGGAAAGAGUAUAGAGACGCCGAGACGGGACUCAGCGAAAGCCGCAAGGUUGCAAAGCCAUUUUGA